AAAGAAGCCAAAAUCGAGGAGAUACUCCAGUUGAAAGCAAAGAUCAACACCCUCAUGAACAACAUCAGAGACACCAAGCAGGUGAGCGACAAGUUCGAGAACGAGAACCAGUACUUGCAGGAGUACUUCGGUAGCUUGAUGAAGAGCGAGGACCUAAAGUAG